AUGGAGGCCUAUCUUCUGCAGCUGCCUCAAAGGCUGCUCCUGCUGGGGGCAGCUGCCCUGACUGUAUCUGCUCUGGAGACCGCCGACCUGGUGGACCUGUGCGGGCGGACGUGGCAGGGGGACGGGCUGCUGCUGCGCUCGCACCCGGCGUCCCGCAGGCUCUACUUCGUGGCCCCGGACACCGUGGCGCUCUGGGCGCGGGCGGCGGCCCCCGGCGACAGGAUCCGCUUCCAGUUCCGCUUCUUCCUGGUCUACAGCCUGCCCUCGGGGUCGCCGGCAUCCCCCGCACCCCAGGCCUCCACCCAAGGGCCUGCCGACGCCUGCGCCCCCGGCUCCUACCUGCAGUUCUACGAGGGUCCCCCGGGAGCGCCCCGGCCCCUGGGCGCCCCUCUCUGCGGCCUCACCAUUCCUGCCCCGGUGGUGUCCACUGGGGACUUCCUGGGCCUGCGCCUGGUCACCAGAGGUCGCCAGCCCCACGUGGACUUCGUGGGAGAAGUCACCUCUUUCCGGUUGGGUUUUUGUGGCCCCUACUUCCACUGUCAGAACGGCAGGUGCAUCCCCCCAAGCCUGGUGUGCGAUCUCUGGGGCAUGGACAACUGUGGCGACCGCAGUGACCAGGCUUCCUGGCCACCAGCCAACUGCGGAGGUCCCUCUCUGAUGCCCAGCCAGGAGCGGAGUACGGAAGCCGAUACCACCAAGCCCCUGACUGUCUCCCCAGCUCUCAGGUCAGCAGGCCCCCUCCAGACUGCAGCUGGGAGCAGUCCCCCAGCAGGCCAGGGCCCUGCACAAGAGGAUGCAUCUCCAGAAGGUAGAUGGCUCUUGUUACCACCUGCUCUCAGUCCUCCCAACAAGAUCACACUUGUCUCUCUUCAGGUGAUGGGAACCAGACAGCAGACCCAGGCUGAGGCCUGAGUGGACUCUCCCUUUCCUUCCCCAGGUCCCGGGCUACAGAAGGUG